AUGCUUGGUCAGAGAGAUGGCAUGAACCCUUAUAGCUGUACAACAGGACAGAAAGCUCAGCUGGAGCCCUAUAGAAGAUGCAAUGUAGAAGCCAGAAACAUAACAAAUGUUGCAAAUUUUUUUCUUCUUGGAAUAACAGAUGAUCCAACUCUGCAUCUGCCCGUCUUCAGCCUCUUCCUGUCCAUAUACCUGGUCACCAUCCUGGGGAACCUGCUCAUCAUUCUGGCCAUCAGCUCUACCACCCACCUUCAAACCCCCAUGUACUUCUUUCUCUCUAACCUGUCUUUCACUGAUAUCUGUUUAAGCACAACAACAAUUCCAAAGAUGCUGGUGAACAUCCAAGCACAGGACCAGAGCAUCACAUAUUCAGGAUGCCUUACUCAGGCUUGUUUUGUUUUGUUCUUUGCUGGUUUGGAGAAUUGUCUUCUUGCAGCAAUGGCUUAUGAUCGCUACGUGGCCAUUUGUCACCCCUUGAAAUAUACAGUCAUCAUGAAUCCCCGCCUCUGUGCUCUGCUGGUUCUACUUUCCUUACCCAUUAGUACUGUGAAUGCCCUCCUUCUUGUUCUGAUGGUGCUGCAUCUGUCCUUUUGCACAGAUCUGGAAGUCCCCCUCUUCUUCUGUGAACUUGCUCAAAUCAUCAAACUUGCCUGUUCUGACACCCUCAUCAAUAACAUCCUCACAUAUGUGGCAGCUUUCAUAUUUGGUGGUGUUCCUUUAUCCGGAAUCAUUUUCUCUUAUGCUCAAAUAAUCUCAUCCGUUUUGAGGAUUCCAUCAGGCAAAGCAAGGUAUAAAGCCUUUUCAACCUGUGGAUCUCACCUAACAAUUGUCUUUUUGUUCUAUGGGACAGGACUGGGUGUCUACGUUAGUUCUGCAGUUACUGACUCCUCCAGAAAAACUGCUAUGGCUUCCGUGAUGUAUUCUGUGGUCCCCCAAAUAACUAACCCCUUUAUUUACAGUCUGAGGAACAGAGAAAUGAAAGAAGCGCUAAAGAAGUUCUUCAAAAGGGUGUCUUUGGUUCUGUGA